UUUCACGCAUGUGCGCGCAUUUAUCUAUAGUUCAUGUUACGUAUACUGUGAAAUAUGCGUGCAUAUGCAUGAAACGGAAUGCAGCCUUUUACGUUCUACUUUAUUAUAGUCCGUUAUAAUCUUCACUCCAUAGGGUCAAUUGUUCCAACUUCUUGGUAAGCUACCUAACAGUUAAAUCAUGUGUCUGUCUUUGUCCAGUUUCAAGAAAAAACGAAGACAAAUAUAUGGUUUAACUGUCAGAUAGUUUACGAAGAGAUUGGAAUAAUCGGCCCAUAGUCUGAUACGAGCUUCAAGAUGAACGGCAUAUGUUACAAAUUUUGUCUGUAGUUUUAAGAAACAAUGCCACCUUACGAAAACAUUGCAUGCGUUAAUUACUACAUCGUUCACUGAGGCUGUUACUAUCCUAUGCAGCACAGAAGUUUCAAAAAACUUUCAGGAAAGUUUCAGAAACAUUGAACCUUUCUGAGAUCUUUCUGGAAUUUUUUUCAAACUUUUGUGCUGUAUGCAAUAUUAAUUGCACGUCGCAAGGUCGCAAAAGAAAAUUGAUCAAUUACAGUCAAUUUUUCUUCGAUCACAAGAACGAUCGACUGUGAUUGAUCAAUUUUCUUGCGAUCUUGCGAUUUGUAACUAAUGAAUAGGCUGUAGAACCAGCCUAAGGUCAUUGUACAUUAAUCAUAAAGCAGAUUGCGAGCAAAUGCAAAAGAUUGAUUUUACCUAAUCUUGAUUGAAACUCAUAGCGUAUAUCAAUUAGAUUCGCAAAUUUUACAAUAGUUGCAAAGCAACUUGUUCCGCUAAACGCAGCCAUUAAAUAUCAACGAUCUAUGAGCUUAUCGUUUUUGAUUUUAUGGUGACGAGCUUGAGUACAGACUUUUGCGUAACAUAUAAGGGACUCAACUAAUUAGAAUCCUUUAUUUCCAUUCUGGAGAGAGAAAUAAAGAAAUCUGAUUGGUUGAUUUCCUUAUGCGUUAUAUAAAAGUGUUGCCAUGGCGAACCUCAAGAUCCAAGACAUACUUAACAAGAAGCAAAAAUAUUUCCUAUUCACUCAGGAUCACUUGGAAUCACCGCAAUAUUACCGAAAUAAAGUAUCUUUCGUUUUAUCUUGGACCGACUUAUCUUGAAAUCGACUAUCGAAGAUGGUGAGAAAGAAAAGAAAUAGAGAAGGGAAGAAACCCAGACGGAACACAAAGUCAUAUAACAGUCAAAAUGACGUCAAAUGAUAUAAAAGUGAUAUCAUUUUGAUGAAACGAUACCAUUUUCAUGAUAAUUUCAUUGAUAUCAAAAUAUUAUCUUGACAUAAAAAUGAUUUUGUAUUCUAUCUGGGAAGCUUUCUCCGCUUUCACAAACCUCAACUUGUUUUGUAAUCCGGAUAUUCACACGUCCGAUAAUGGUUUAUAUCGAUAAUUAUCAAAAACACUCUGUAACGUGUUGUCGUCACAUUGUCAUCGUGAUCAUCGUAUGGCCUUAAUGCCGAAAAGGACCCGACUCCUCUCUGAGAUGAAAGAGAAGUACCGUCCUACGGCGGUCAAUUGGUACCUACCUGCGGCCGACAGUAGGUCGAUGUCUGCUGAAAUUGUGCAGCGGUAUAAUCUGACCCUUAAUACUUAUCCCAUGGCUACAUCAUCGAGAGACAUAACCGUGGACGAUCCGAGAGAAGUGACGGUCGGACGGACGGACGGAUAGUUAUCCAAAAAGGGUAUUCCAUGCUGGCAUUCGUGUUACUUCAUCCACAACAUUCUUUUGCAAUGGCGGCUGCAUCAAACAGAGCCUAGAUAGCUAGGUUCACGAGGCUUUUACUUCACCGAUAAUUUUCGUCUAUAGAGAAAUCAACGUCUAAUGUGAACUGCCUAAUGUGAACACAUCUCGGAGGAUUCAUCCAGUUCUGUCCAACGUCCAAUUGAGAUUGCAUAAUCGAGAGCUGUGGCAGCAGUUCCACAAGGAAACAACGGAGAUGAUUAUCACAAAAGUAGGACGACGUAUGUUCCCGCACUUACAAUUGAGCAUCGACGGUUUACAGGAAAAUGUCAAUUACUGCAUCCUCGUGGAAAUGGAAUCAGUCUCGUCGCACCGUCACAAGUAUUGCGGAAGCAAUACGUUCGACGAAAACGGGAAUAAGAGCGGCAAUUCCGGAGGCUGGACCAAAGCCGGACAGGCGGAAUCGCAGCCGAAUAUCGAGCACAGGAUCUAUCUGCAUCCUGACAGCCCAGCGCGCGGAGUUCAUUGGAUGAAACACGUGGUUAACUUCAAUAGAUUGAAAGUCACCAACAAUACCGACCGUGGUUUCAACGUGUUGUUAACAUCGAUGCAUAAAUAUGUCCCCAAGAUCUGGAUCUUUCAAAGUGACUAUAACGAUAAUUUCAAUAAGCUGUGUUCUCAACCACAUUCAUUCUUCAUCUUCAAAGAAACUGAAUUUAUCGCAGUGACAGCUUAUCAGAAUGAAAAAAUCACGAAGCUUAAAAUCAAUAACAACCCAUUCGCGAAGGGAUUUCGGGACACGGGACAUUCACGGUGCAAGCGUAAGCAAGGAGAUGCUACCGGUUAUCCUAACCAAAUGAAUGAUGAAGACAGCAAUUCUUCAUCCGAAACGGGGCCUUUGCCUCCUAGAGCGUUAUUGCUGAAAACUGAUGUUCUGCACAACGUUACAAACACCGGUACAGUGCCAGGUCAAGAUUUAACACAUAGAAGAGUGGAGGAUAAUCACCUAAAUGCGAGACCAUCUGCACCAUGCUACGUAUUUCAUAGGCCGUGGUUGGAUCCACCACGAUCGUCUGUCGACGUUCAUUUACCCCCGCUACCACUAUCUCUGCCAUUGCCCACAUUACCUGAUCUACCCUUGUAUAACUUCCAGUUUCCCGCACCAGGUUUAAUACCUCAUGGCUUUGUACCACCAACACCUAGUCAAUAUCAACAUUUCGGGUACUCAAACAUCCGCGAUUGGCAGGGAACAAUGUAUCAUAUGCCGUGGCAUAGAAUAUUCCAAUUCACAUGUAAAUCCAAAAUUUGAUACCUCCAGAGCGGAGAACAAUCACCGAGAUAUGAAGAUAUCCUUGUCACCGUAUUUUUACAGACCUUUGUUACCAUUACAUACAGUAUUCCUUGAACUUAAUUUACCAUUGACUCUACUGCCCGUGCUAUCGUCGCUCAACACAAUGUUUUGUCUUGUAAUUAUAUGAUUAUUAUUAAAUUAAUAAUAAAUUAAUUCUAUUAUUAUUAAAUUAA